AUGCAGAGACCAACUCAGCGUCGAGACGAGUUCCAGACGGAUGCUCUCCGACCAGGCGCACUCCCAAGUGCGUCGCUCCGAGUGCGCGCGGGCGAGGAGCAGACAAUCGAACAAUCGUCUGACGAAUACUUGGAUAACAUGUACGAGGAUUGGAACAAAAAAGUCGACCAGGAAAUCGACACGCUCGUCGAGGGAAUGACCGAGCUCGUCAAGAUUGCGGCCAUCGGAAACAAGGACAAGUUUCGUGUCGCUCAAGAGGCAUUUGAAGCUCAAUGUCGCACAGAGUCGAUGGUCCGGGCAGCGACAAGUCUGCUGUCGAUUACACACUCACUCAAGCUUCUUCUCUUACUCUCGGAUGAAUCUGAGAUUGCUAGCAGACGGGACCGGGCAGUCACCGACUUUGAAAGGACGGCAGACAACUCGCGCGUCAGGGCGGCUGGCGCACUCGACGCCGUGUUAAACAGUGAUCUAUAG